AUGGCCUUGAUAACUAGACUAGGACGUCAUGCCAGGCUUCCGUUGAGACCAUGUACGCUCACUACAAGAACGCUUAUACGCUACAAUAGCUCCCAGAACCAAGAGCCCAAGCCAGGGAAAAGCAGCCUUGAGCUUUCCCCUAUUACUUCCAUCUCGGAUGGACUCAAAAAGUACGUCAGGUGGUACCCAUACGAUACCGUGACUUACUCAACAAUACAAACAUACUUGGGCCUAAGAAGAAACACAAGUCGCUCAGAAACCAUCCUUGUUGGUCUUCUAUACGAAUCAGAUGAGGUCCGCAAAACAUCUCGUGUUAUAGAAUCACUUCUAGCUGAUCCUUUAUCUUCUAAUAAUCAAGAAUGGUACAUCCCAUUGACUCAGAGAUCUAGAGAAAAGAAUAACCUAUUGUCUUUCAAGUCACCCGACCCAAAUCAAUUCACCCUUCCUGGAGCUUUUGAACGGACAGUGGCGAAAUAUGAUGUUCCAUCUCCCAUCCUAAGUCCAGAGUUAAGGAGAACUUAUCCUGAAAUCUUCGAAGCACUGACCAGUGCACCUAAUGGCUUAUCCAUUCUUGAAAUUAAUAGAGAGAGUGAUGUCCAUAAACUUACAGACAAUUGUCAAUUUUUCAUCUAUGUUACGAGUGAGUUUUCUACUCUCAUGGAUAAUCUCCCUCGCCAUGUUCAAAAGAAAAUUAUGCUCACAAUCAUUGAUAAUAAGGAGUUUUCUCCACUGUCAGCAGAGCUGACUCCGGUUACUUUCGAGAGAUCAAACAAUGUUACACAUCAUUCCAUUAAGAUAAACUCAAAACAGGCUUACGAAGGUAUUCAGUUGUUCCUUAAAGAAGAUACAAAGGCUGCCACAGAGUACUUCGACUCCUUGCAAAGGAGCAAUAUAAUAGAGAUUGGAAAGUUCAUGCUGUGGUAUUUGAGAACGGAGAACUUGACGUCAUGGAUGUUCCACGUCAUUUGCACGGAAAUUGCUCGUAACAGUCUUUCGGAAACAAGAAUCAGACAGAUCUAUGAUGACCUUAAGUUAAACAGCUUGGUAGAAUGCAGCGCAUCAAUGCACACUGAAUUGCAGAAGGAUUUAAUCCCUCGGACAAACAACUUUUUUGACAGGAAACUCAGAUGGUACAUGUUAUACUGGAAGAACGAUAAUGUUGAAUACUGGCUCAAAGACUUUUUCCAAGGUAACUUUAUGCCCAAAAGCAUUGAGAGCUACAACUAUGUCAGAGGUCAACUCACAGCGAGACUUCAAGAACAGAAAUUUGCUGCAUACUCAGAUAAGAUUGGUGUGAUCAAUCCAUUGAAGGGCUUCAAGCGGAAGCUUGUCAAUGAGAGGAUAGCCAACGAGAUCCAACCAGUGGUAUACAGUUGUCUUGCUCUUGGAUUUGUCUACUACCAGCUUCCCUUGACAGCGCUUUCUGUCUUGGGUUAUCUAUUUGUUGGACUUCAAGCGAACACCGCCUUUGCAAUUGGUCUCCUAGGCUGGGUUCUAGGCUUUAAUCAUGUCUCGAGAGAAUGGGAUAAAUUCACCAAGGAGUGGCGAAAAGACCUUUUCGAAGAAGUUCGCCUUACAAUUAGCAAAGGCUGCGUCGAUGAUGGUCUUUUGAAAGAGUUGGACUCGAGAUUUGAGGAGAGUAGAAUGUUGGCUUUGAUCAAGCAGCAGGUGCUCGAGGCACUUCAGAAGUACAAGGAGAAAUAA